UUUAACGUAGUGAUUUCAUACUCUUUGGUAAUUUAUUCUAAAAACCGUAGCAUAUUUAAUAUUUGUUCAAUUAUUAUUUUCAGUUUUAUUGUUUUCUAAAUAAAUUUAAUUUGAAAAUAAUGUCUAGGUCCAAUUUGAAAUUGAUUUGUAGUGCUCUAAACAAAAUGAGGAUCGAUUGCGUGACGACCAGAUCUUGUCAUUUUCAACCUAAAUAUCGUCCUCCGUAUUGGUAUUCGCCGAAAGAUCGAGUUAUGAGCGAAGAUUUGCUCACGCAAGAAAAUAGAGAUUUUAUAGAGGAAGUUAGACAAGAUAAAUUGAAUUUGCAAACUGCUUUGGAAUCACCGUUGGCGAAAAUUGAGACGCAAGAAGUGGCCCAGUGGGAUACCGCGACUCGAAGAUCGGGUCUCAUAGCACGUAAAAUAGGAAACUAUCCCCUAUGGUCUAAAGAUGGCAAAAAGUUCCAGACAACAUUAUUACAGGUUGUGGACAAUCAUGUUAUUAAAUAUAUACCACCGGAAGAAUUUAAACCAAUGAAAACAACUAAACCGAAUUGGAGAGUAAAGCGGAAACUGGGUUGUCUUUUAAUUGGUUCAGAGACUGUUGACCCAAGUACAGUUACAAAGGACUAUUGUGGCCUAUUCAGCAGUGUUGGUAUGUUGCCGAAGAGACAUCUGUGUCGCUUCAUGAUUUCGCCACAUGCAAAAAUGCCCACAGGAACACCAUUGUUCGCUACACAUUUUAGAGUUGGUGAUUUUAUUGAUGUCAGAGCCAAAACAAUGGAUCGUGGGUUUCAAGGAGUAAUGAAACGAUGGGGUUUUAAAGGAAUGCCAGCUUCUCAUGGUGUAACCAAAACUCAUAGAAGGCCAGGCAACAUUGGUGCAGGAGGUGAAAAAGCAAGAGUCUGGCCUGGCACAAAAAUGCCAGGUCACAUGGGCAACAGGUGGCGAAUUUUAAGGGGAGUAAAAAUUCUUCGCAUCAAUACAAAGUAUAACAUACUUUGGACACUGGGAGUAGGAAUACCUGGAGAGACAGGUGCUAUGUGUUAUUUAUUUGACACGGUAUUGCCAUUAAGAAAGUUAAAAACUCCCCCUCCUUUCCCUACACAGCCGUUAGUAGAUGAUUUGCCUUUGGAAUAUUAUGAUGAAUCAAUACAUACAUUUGAUAGACCUACAAUAACCUUUGAGGAGUCUUAAAGUGAAUAUUUCUUGUAUUUAUAAAUUAUUGCUGUUGGGAUUGUAGAUAGGAAGGUGUAUACAAAAAGUGCAAGAAUUUUUUUUCUGUGUAACUAGUUACAUUUUAUGUUGUUUGUCACAAUUUAAAACUUAAUAAAAUUAUCACAGAUAACAC